CAACUCGGUGAAAGAUAAGCACACCGGCGCGGCCGGCGGCGGCGGCGUCGCGAGAUUCGUCGUCAUAGUCGCAGCAUUGUCCCACACUUCCUCAAUCAGUUAUUAGUGCUCUCGCAACGAGUGUGGACGCGAAUUGUAACUAGCUGCUUGAUAGACCGCGCAACCUAACUAGCGAGAAAACGAGAAAUUCGCGAUGGCAUCCAAGCUUAAAAAGGAAAAGAUUGGAAUUAUCGGAAGCGGUCUGAUUGGAAGAUCAUGGGCCAUGCUGUUCGCCGGCGUUGGUUACCAGGUCACCAUUUUCGACAUCAUCCCCGAAGUGGUUGAAAAAGCCCUGCAGCUGACCAACGAAGAGCUCAUAAGUCUGGAAAAACAGGGACUGCUCCGAGGUACGCUCAACGCUGCCGAACAGUUCACCUGCAUUCGGGGAUCACACAACCUCAAGGAAACCGUAGAUGGGGCACUGUUCCUACAGGAAUGUGUCCCGGAAAAUUUGGACCUGAAGAAGAAGCUGUACGCCGAUUUGGAUAAAGUCGUUGGAUCCAACACGAUAAUUUCCAGCUCGACCAGUACGUUUAUGCCGUCACUGUUCAGCAAGGAUUUGAAACACAAAGAUCAGGUUCUUGUAUCUCACCCCGUGAAUCCUCCCUAUUACGUGCCCUUGGUGGAAAUCGUUCCUGCCCCAUGGACCAGGCCGGAGUUCACCGCUAAAACACGCGAAUUGAUGACCGAAAUUGGCCAAAAGCCUGUAACGUUAUCGCGCGAAAUUGAAGGCUUCGCUCUGAAUCGUAUUCAGUACGCCAUUCUGAACGAAACCUGGCGCCUGGUGGCGGACGGUAUUUUGAGCGUGAAGGACAUUGACAGUGUCAUGUCCGAUGGGCUGGGAAUGCGCUAUGCUUUCCUCGGUCCUUUGGAAACGGCCCAUCUGAAUGCCGAGGGUAUGAUCAGUUACUGCGAUCGGUAUUGCAACACGAUCUAUGCCGUGAGUCAAACGAUGGGACCAACUCCCAGAAUGGAGGGUGCGGUGGCAGAACAGGUUGCCAAGGAACUGGAGGAGAUGGUACCGCUAGAUCAGUUACCCGAGCGACGAGCGUGGCGAGAUGCUUGCCUGACAAAGCUGGCACAGCUGAAGAAAACUAUUUGAAGUUGAAACAAGGCAUUUUGAAGUGUGAAAAAAUGUGUGGAAGAAAUAAAUGUGACAACUUAUCUUCA